AUGGAGCCCACUGAAAGCCCGUAUGAGUACUAUGACUACGAGGAGACGGAGAACUCCACCAUGUGCGACUACUCUGAGUGGACGCCGUCCUACUCGGUCAUCCCGGUGCUCUACAUGCUCAUCUUUAUUUUAGGCCUGUCGGGCAAUGGCGUAGUCAUCUUCACAGUGUGGCGGGCGCAGGGCAAGCGGCGGGCGGCCGACGUCUACAUCGGCAACCUCGCCAUGGCCGACCUGACCUUUGUGGUCACGCUGCCCCUCUGGGCGGUCUACACGGCCAUGGGCUACCACUGGCCUUUCGGUGUGGCUCUGUGCAAGAUCAGUAGCUACGUGGUGCUCCUCAACAUGUACGCCAGCGUCUUCCUCCUCACUUGCAUGAGCUUUGACCGCUACUUGGCCAUCGUGCAUUCGCUGUCCAGCACCCAGUUGCGCACCCGCGGUCACAUGCGCGCCUCGCUGGCCGCCAUCUGGACACUGUCGGGCCUCCUGGCAGCGCCCACCCUCAUCUUUCGCACCACCCGCCACGACCCGGGUAGCAACCGUACAUCCUGCGCUAUGGACUUCGGACUGGUGGUGACCAACAAGCGCCAGGAGAGUCUAUGGAUCGCAGGCUUGAGCAUUUCCUCGUCCGCCCUGGGCUUUCUUCUACCCUUCCUGGCCAUGAUGGUUUGCUACGGAUUCAUCGGCUGCACCGUGACGCGCCACUUCAACACCUUGCGGAAGGAGGACCAACGUAAGCGCCGGCUCUUGAAGAUCAUCACCACGCUUGUGGUGGUUUUCGCAGCCUGCUGGAUUCCCUUCCACGUGGUGAAGAGCGCGGACGCCCUGUCCUACCUGGACCUGUUCCCCGCUACUUGCGCCUUCCUACGUUUCCUACUGCUGGCCCACCCGUACGCCACUUGCCUGGCGUACGUCAACAGCUGCCUCAACCCAUUCCUCUACGCCUUCUUCGACCUGCGUUUCAGGUCGCAGUGCCUGUGUCUGCUCCAUCUGAAGAAGUCCUUGCACGCCAGCCCUGCUAGCUCCUUGUCCUCUCAGAAGACAGAAGCCCAGUCCCUGGCCACCAAGGUCUAA